AUGUCGCAACAUCCCGAGAAGAGCGAUACCAUUACUGGUCCUGCGACGCCUCCACACUCUGGACCAGAAGAGGCAGACAAGACUUCAGUACAACCAGCCGGAGUCCAGCGCACAAGUAUGACACCUCCACCAAGCAUGCUCAAGGCACAGGCGCAGCUGAGUAACGAUGCGCCAAACAGUGUGAUGGCUACCCCUACCACUACUCGCAGGAAUGCGACCAGGGAUCUGCCUUCGACUGACCGCAUCGAGCGCGCUGGCUUAGAAGAGUUGCGCAGUAUGGCUCAGAACCUUGUGAACGACUUGACCGAUGCUCGUAUCAAUGCUUCCAACGCCCGACUUCAGCAUCAUCUACUCUUGUUAGAGACGAGCCAAGCUGCCGAGCGAGCUGAAGUGGAGAGGCAGCUGUCACGAACUCAGGUCGAUUUCCUCAGGGUUAAGCAGAAGAAGCCAGAACAAAAGCCUGCUCCGGCAAGUGCACCGGCGCAACGCCCUGCAGAGUUGGACACCAUUAACCAGAGUAUGAAAGAGCUUGAGAGUCACUACGAAGCACUUGAGGAGUUAUGCGGCCAAUUACAGCGGGAGAAAGAGUUGCAGGCAGAACGAAUACAGUCCUUGACAGAGCACAAUGUUCUCUUGGUGAAGCGCAUCCGGGAGAACAGAGAAAACUUCACUCGCAUUCGAGAACGAUCUCCGGCUGUGCAGACUGCGAGAGAGACAUACACAACUCCUCGCCGCAAGUAUGCCAGGUACCAAGAUGAUACACCAGCUCAUGCUCCCUUUGCUGCACUCAUUGCGGCUGAUCAGCUUCUGAGUCAAGAGACAGCCAGUGUUUCGUCAACACCUACCAAGGUUCACGCCGUCCGUUUCAAGCCUGGCCAUACACGAGGCGCCCACUCUUUGUCCUCGAUCAAUACGGCCCAACACGCGAGUCGUCCUCUUACUUCGGAUGGCUUCUUGGGUUCACAACUCGUCCUGUCUGCGCCUGGCUCGCAGCUCGUCAUGGAGUCGGCUGAACGCGAACAUCAUCAUCGUGAUCGAGAUAGCACCAUCUCCAUUUCCGACAAUGACGCUAGCCAAGAUCCUGCGCUUGUGGCCUCUCAAGCUAGUUCAUUAGCAGCAGAUAUGCUGCGGAAGAAUCCUUCAACCUACGAGUCUUUACGUCAAUCGCAAGAAGCUGAGCGAUCUAGCAAUCUUCUACAGUCACAAAUAUUCGGUCCUGUCAAAAAGCCGUCGACCGAACCUUCAGCAGCGAAGUUGAAGAGGCAGUACGGAUUCGGCGAAUCGCAUCAGAAGCCACAGAAGAAGGUACGGACAGAGGAGAAUGUUGGUCUAGGUAUCGCAGCGAGAUGA